CUUCUGGCGUUACUCUCUCUGCUCACCAAUGGCCGCAGCUACAACAACAACCUUAUCAUCAUCUUCAUCAUCGCUAAAUCUCAUCAAUGCCUCACACAGAUUUGUCUCUGUAACUCCUUUCUCUUCUAACUCAACCUUCCUCCGCGGUCGUAUCCGCCGCCUAAAUCGCUCAUUCGCUUCGUAUAGCUCUCAGUCACGUAGGCGAUACGAAGGAGACGAUCGAUUCUUCGGCGGUGGUGACAAGUACGAUGUUGUUCCUGAUGACGACGGAUUUAGCGACGAUGAUAAUGAAGACGACGAAAGAGAAAGCAGUGUCGAUCUUUUGAUUAGAUUCUUGAGAAGUAUGUUCAAGAAAGUCUCAAAACGAGCUAAAAAAGCAUCGCGACGGAUUUUGCCAGCAGCCAUGUCUCCUCGACUCGUGUCUUUUGCGGUAGAUGGGAUAUUGUUAUUGGGUUCACUAUCCAUAACAAGAGCAUUUCUUAAGGUAAUAUGCAAUCUAGGAGGAACUGUGUUUACGGUGAUUCUGCUGAUCCGGUUGUUCUGGGCGGCAGCUUCGUUCUUCCAGACUUAUGGGAACUCUUUUGGACCAAACCCGGUAACUUAAAACCUUGUUUUACUUUCAUUAAUUUGGGUGUUAGAUGUUGUAACUCAUGUCUUGUUGACUCGAUUUGUAAAGGAAAAAUGUAAGAUAAUUGUGUACAUAUGGGGAGAGUAAUCUAGUUAUUAAGAGUAAGAAGAUUUAACUAUGAAGAUAAAAGACUAUGAAGAUAAAAAAAAUGUUUUCGG